AUGGGUAAUUCACCUCGAGCAGCACUUUUGGAAACCGGCACCAUCAUGGCACAUGGACAAGUAGCAGGCCACGAGGAGCCCGAACUACAAGACGUUCACGAAUUAUGCCUACCUAAGCGGGAUGAGGAGUUCAACACAAACACACUUCGUCCAGAGAGACCAGAGUACGCCACACUCAUGAGGACGGAGCCGAAUCAGGGUUGGAUACGCUCUUUGCGCACGAUACAAGGAGCCGUCUUCAAAAAGCUUGACUUGCCACCGUACGGCUGGUUGUUGCCCAACGGUAACUUUUUUCUGAUCUCUACCGCUAUGAUACUGUUCGACCAAGAAUGCAGCAGUGCUGUGGUCUCAGACCCGAAGACGCUCCCGCCACUAUGUCCCCCCGAUCUUCUACAUCUACCUAGGCCUACUGCCAAAUUCGACUAUGAACUUCGGCCCUUGUUCGAUCACAUGUUUCUGGUUGACUACGGCUUUGGGGAACACCCUUUCAAGGGAGCCUUCAUCUUUUUCAAGGACUUCAGCACCCUGCCGGAUGUUCUUUGCUUUGGCCGCCUAGUUGCUGAAUUUGCUUACGAUUGCGGGAAUGACUCCAUUACGAAACCAUAUCUGCUCAAAGCAAGCCGGAAAAUAUACUGGUCUUCUUUCACCCGGCGGUCGGAACAGAGGUUCGCGGAUGUUGCGAUGAUGGCCUAUUGGCUUUAUACACGUCGCCGAGAGAUCAGCCCCUCAGAGUACAAGGUCGGGUUGACGGGAUAUACAGGCGUACUCCAGGAGAUGGUUUCCGAGAUACCAGAGAAGGGAGUAGGUCGACUCAGGCGCAAGCUAUCUGUCGACGUGAACGAACUUAUCCCUCGGUACGCAUCGGGCUGGCUAAAAGAGCUGCUGAUUGGGGCUGCUCGUGACUUGGCUGCACAAUACGGCAUAUCUCUCACCACCUCUUUGGAGAAAGAAGGCGGAGUCAUCCCAGCACAAUUUGAAGCACCCUUGUCACCCAGAAAGAUGACCACUGCUGUGAAAGCCACGAGCACUCCUGCGAAGGCCGCGGGCACUCCUGAAAAUGACAGAUGGAGCCCAUUCAGCGUCUUGUCUGAUGAAGCUGCGAUUCUUUACCACGAGCGUAACCCCGCAGAAGAGAUCGUCGCUGGGAAGCUCAAGAAGACCCGGCAGGGGGCGAUUGUCGGAAUAAAUGUGCUCUAUUCGUCUAACAAGGCCAAGAUUGAAAAGGCUGAAAUCGACAAGAUCGGGAAGGUGUUCGACGUGCUUCGGAAGCAGCCAGCGGACAAGAAAACGACAGUGGAGUUCAAAUUCGGAGGCGAGGAAUACCACGCGACAGCUGAAAAAUGCAGUGCCGCCGAUGCUUUUUGCUUCAGUGGCUCGAAGCACAAACUUGGAUCGAGGGGCAUUUAUGCCAUGAUGACUCGUGAAGGCUACGUCGUUAUUGUCAAGACAAAGUCGUUCACUGCAACGCAGGCGGCGGUAGAAAAUGGCAAAGGUCUGAUCGAUGAAGUGCGAAAAGCCGCGAUCAAAUACGCGAUGCGUCAAGCGAGGAGGAAAUGA